AUGUCAUCCACCGACCUGAAGCCCUCGUCGCUAUCACAAUUAUACUCGGCCGCACUCCCAAAUGCUGUGGUGUUUGCGGUCUUCAUCACUGGCUUUCUUCUCGUGAGAAAGAAGCAGCCCCGGGUUUAUGAGCCUCGGUCCAGCGUUGAGACGCUUCCCAAAGAUCUCCAAACAGAGCCUAGUUCGUCCGGUGUGACGCAAUGGCUUCUGAACAUCAUUCGCAAACCGCACUCGUGGAUGGUGCUUAAGACAGGCCCCGAUGGGUUCUUCUAUCUUAGAUUCAUCGUAGUGUUCGUGAUCUUGGCCAUUGUGGGAUGUAUGUUGUGCUUGCCGAUCUUGCUUCCCAUCAACAUCACCAACGGUAACGGAUUGACCGGUUUGGACAUGUUGGCACUUGGUAAUGUGGCCAACACCAACAGAUACAUUGCCCAUGCGCUUGUUUCCGCUGUCUUUUUCGGAAUGGUGGUGUAUGCCAUCUACCAUGAGCUUGUCUACUACACCACAUUCCGUCAUGCAUUGCAGACCACGCCCUUGUAUGACUCCAUUAUCUCCUCGCGUACUUUGCUCUUGACCGAUAUCCCUAAGGAUCUUUUGGAGGAGAACGAAUUGAGAGCCCUUUUCCCGGCUACUGCUAACCUCUGGUACUCUCGCGACUACAAGAAAUUGACCAAGAAGGUCGAGGAGCGUACUAAGUUGGCUUCCAAGUACGAGGGCGCUUUGAACAAGGCUUUGACUACUGCUGUGAAGGUCCGCGGCAAGGCCAUCAAGAAGAACGAGCCUGUUCCAGAGCCAGAGGACGACUUGAACAAGUACUUGAAAGAUGGAAAGAAAAGACCUACUCACAGACUCAAGUUCCUUAUUGGCAAGAAAGUGGACACUUUGGACUACGGUGCCGAGCGUCUUGGUGAAUUGAACAGAGAAAUCAAGCAAGAGCAGGUGCAAUUUGCCUCCGCCAGCCAGACCACCUCUGUGUUCAUGGAGUUCCCAACACAAUUGGACGCCCAAAAGGCCUAUCAAUCUAUUCCGUUCAACAAGUCUCUUCGUGGAACCGACCGCUUCAUUGGCUUGGCUCCGGAUGAUAUCAUUUGGGCCAAUCUUUCUUCCAGCAAGAUGGUGAGAAGAUUGAAGAAGGUCGCUGCCUCCACUGUUUUGACGCUCAUGAUCAUUUUCUGGUGUAUCCCUGUCGCUGUUGUUGGUGCCAUCUCUAACAUCAACAUGCUUAUCGAGAAGCUUCCAUGGCUUGGCUUCCUUAACAAGUUGCCUAGUUCGAUUAUGGGUGUUGUAACCUCUCUUUUGCCUACCGUUGCCUUGGCCAUUUUGAUGUCUUUGAUUCCUCCAUUCAUCAAGAAGAUGGGUAAGAUCAGUGGUUGCAUCACUGUUCCUCAGGUCGAGAGAUACUGUCAACAAUGGUUCUACGCAUUCCAGGUUGUUAACUCCUUUUUGGUCGUGACUCUUGCUUCCGCUGCUGCUGGUGUUGUUACCGAGGCCAUUAAAGACCCUGACUCGGCUGUUCGUUUGGUUGCUGAGAAGAUUCCUACUGCUUCCAAUUUCUACAUUGCCUACCUCAUCUUGUUUGGUUUGUCGUUCUCAUCUGCCCUGCUUUUGCAACUUGUGGCUUUGAUUUUGGCUCAAUUCUUGGGUAAGCUCUUGGACAAGACUCCAAAGGCCAAGUGGAACCGUUACACCACUUUGGGCCAACCCUUCUUCUCUGUUCUUUACCCCAACUUCCAAAUGUUGAUUCUUAUCACCAUUAUCUACGCUAUUAUUGCUCCAAUCAUCUUGGGUUUCGCUACUCUCGCAUUCCUUUUGGUUGGUUCUGCUUUCGUGUACAUCUUCGUGUACGUCUUGCGCCCUAACUUUUCCGAUGCUCGCGGAAGAAGCUAUCCAUUGGCUCUCUUUGCUACAUUUACUGCUCUUUACUUCGCUGAGGUUCUUCUUGCCAUCAUCUUUGGUCUUGCCAAGGGUUGGGCCGGUAUGGGUAUCGAGAUCGCUGUGGUGGCUUGCACAAUUGCUUGUCACCUCUACUUCAAGUACACAUUUGUAGCAUUGUUUGAUGCUGUUCCCAUUUCUGCCAUCAAGGUCGCAUCCGGUGAUCUGGCUUUCAAGUACCCUGACAACGAUUCUGGCCUCAAGGAAAUCAAGCACGAAGGUAAGAACUUCUGGGAAGGUGGUAACCAAUUGGAGCUCACCAACCCAGCCAACGUUCAAGUCUUGGCUGAGAGAAACCAUUCCGAUGGAUUUACUGCCGACAGUAGUUCCGAGAAAGCCUCUGUCCCAGCUGGUAGUGUUUCCAUGGGUGAGAAGAGCUCCGUUGUUGCCAACACUCCAGGUACUGUCCCAACUCCAGGUUUCUUCCAACGCAUGUUCAAUCCUCGCGCUCAAACUUUCGAGUUCCUUCGUUCUCAAAUGCCUGUGGAGUACUUCAACUACAUCGAGUACAACACUGACUUCGUGAGAACCGCUUACGCUGACCCAGCUGUUAGAGAUGACGAGCCUCACAUCUGGAUUCCUAGAGAUGCUAUGGGUCUUUCUGAGAUUGAGAAAAAUAAGGCAUUGGAGAAUGAGGUUGACUGUUCGAACGACAAUGCCGGUUUCGACGAGAAGGGAAGCGUGCAAUUCCUUGGUCCUCCCCCUACCUACGAGGAGUCCAUCAAGUAUUAG